UUUARAAAUGUGGAAAGUAUUUAUAUUUUUCGCUGCUUUGGAACGUUUUCUUUGUUCAAUUUAUGGCGAGAAUUUGGCUUUUCAUUGCGAAGUCUUCCGUUUCACCGCUGGGGCUCUGUUUCGCCAAGAAGGAGUAAUUAUGAAAGGACACGUUAAAAAGACAACCAACUCAUCUUCGCUGAUWCAAUGUGGUCAACAAUGUUUACUACACACUGAAUGGUGCGUUUCUGUGAACUUUUACUUAAACCAAAUUAAAAACGAUACGCCAAGGAUUUGUGAGCUCAACGACUUUGGUGUGCAAUCUCCGGCGGAGAUUAUAGUUGGAAAAGCAUUCGAGUACAGAGAAGGUUAUAUUUUCACCCAAUUACGACCUUAUCAAUAUGGCUGUAACAGCAACCCAUGCCAGAACGGUGCGACGUGCUACAACGACUGCGCAUCCCGUGAARUGAAAUGCCGCUGUACAGACAGCGCKUAUGGCAAAUUCUGCGAAAAUAUUAAUGAUUGCAUUAGCGUUGUUUGUAAAAAUGGCGGAACGUGCAAAGACUUGGUCAAUGAUUUCACGUGUUCUUGUGCGAUUGGCUACACUGGGCGAAACUGUGAAACAAAUAUUAACGAUUGUAAUGAAGUUGUUUGUCAAAAUGGCGGAACGUGUCAAGACUUGGUCAAUGAUUUCACGUGUUCUUGUUUGGCAGGCUACACUGGACGAAACUGUGAAACAAAUGUUAACAAAUGUAGUGGCGUUGUUUGUCAAAAUGGCGGCACGUGUAAGGAUUUGGUGAACGAUUUCACAUGCUCUUGUGUAGUUGGUUACAUCGGAAGACACUGUGGAACAAAUGUUGAUGAUUGUAAUAACGUUGUUUGUCAAAAUGGCGGAACGUGCAAAGACUUGGUCAAUAAUUUCACAUGUUCUUGUGUGGCUGGSUACACUGGACGAUACUGUGAAACAAAUGUUGAUGAUUGCAGUGGCGACGUUUGUAAAAACGGUGGAACGUGUCAAGAUUUGGUCAAUGAUUUCGCAUGUUCUUGUGUAACUGGCUACACCGGCAAGCGCUGUGAAACGAAUAUUGACGAUUGUAAUGGCGUCGUAUGUCAAAAUGGCGGCACAUGCGUUGACUUGGUCAAUGAUUUCAAGUGUUCUUGUGUUGCUGGAUWCGAUGGGAAGCUCUGUGAAUCAGAUUUAGAUGAAUGUGCCAGUAAACCAUGUUUAAAUGGGGGAACAUGUAAUAAUUUGUUCAACAAGUUCACGUGCACUUGUCCUGAGACGCACCACGGAAAUAYGUGUAAAAUACUGUCUGCGUGCGAUAUCAUAUACUCUACGUUUUCUACGAAUAACGUUAUAUUGUACCCAUUAUCGACCAAUUUACAAGCCUUCACAAUGUGCAGCUGGUUUAAGCUCAAGGACUCUAGGGAUCUCUAUCCACUAUCAUACUUACAGUCAAGCAGCUCACUCGGUAUUGGCUUGAUGGGAGAUGGCAGAAUAAUGCUAAAAGUCAACGGUUACGGAAGAUAUAACAGUCUUGGGAUUCUGCGAGACGGAAAUUGGCAGCAUCUUUGCAUUGCUUGGCGUAGCUCUGACGGUGCAGUCCAAACUUAUCGUAACGGCGCACUGAAAGCAAGUUCUACGGGWUUCAUGUCACGCAGUUCUGUGAACAGUGGGAAUACCCUAAACAUUGGACGAAGAGCAGACCUCGGUAGUUGUUUUACUGGUAAAAUAAGCAACUUCAAUGUCUGGUCAUCUUUUUUAGAUGGCGAGAAAAUUUUGAGCAUGGCUUCAAGCUGUCGACCGCUGGAUUCUGAAGGCAAUGUCGUCAGCUGGUCCGUACUCAAGAAAAAAACUUUUUCGGGUUCUGUUGAAAAACGUUGUCCCGGAAGUUGUUUUUCGUGAUAAAACUGUCAAUGAUUGACAGCUAAUUCAUGUGUUUACUAUUAGUCACAAUAGCUUCUACGUCAUAUACAGUAUAUGUAAUGCAUUGUAGAAUAUGUUUAGKAUAAAAUAUAGUGAAUGUCUUUUGUUUAGUCAACUAACCUACCAAACAACAAUUCCUUGCGCACAAAUCAACAAUGUGACGUAAAAGCUUUGCAAGUCUAUUGAACACUACUAUUUUCGACUAUUUAUUGGCAAUUCACGAUAGCUGUUUCUCAGGUGUGUUAUUUGCACUCUUAAAACACGCUAAUUUAUAUUGGUAAUAAAAUUGCAAAGGCAUUGUGUUGAUUUUCUUUUUGUACCGAAAGGCCUUAUGGGUCCUCUCGUCACUAUGUCAUCGUGUUGAGUGACCGAACCGUAACAUCCACUUGUAGCAGGCGUUCCUUGCGAGUCGCUGAUAUUUUUAAGUUGAAAAGAA